AUGAAGAAGUAUCUAGAGACCCUGCCCUCUCUUUUUAAGCCAGUUGUAGGGGAGCCUUUAUGGGUUUAUUUGUCAGCCACCCCUGAGGCUGUAGGGGCAGUGCUCGUUAAAGAACAUGACAAUGUACAACGACCAGUGUAUUUCUUCAGACAUUUAUUGAAGGGAGCCAAGUCCCGAUACACGACACUCGAGAAGUUGGUUUAUGGAUUGGUUCUUAUGGCUCGGCGAUUACGACCUUACUUUUUAUCGCAUCCCAUCACAGUUUUAACCAACAGCACCAUGGGAAGAGCACUGACUAAUGUAGAAGUUGCAGGUCGGCUUAUUAAAUGGGCCACAGAGUUGGGAGAAUAUGACAUACAGUACCAGCCGCACACUGCUAUUAAGGCACAGGCCCUGGCAGAUUUCUUAACAGAAGUACAUCAAAUCAACCCUGAAGAAACAUGGAAGAUCUAUGUGGAUGGGUUUGCUAAUCAUCAUGGAAGCGGGGUCGGAGUCUUAGUAAUAUCUCCUCAAGGGGAUAUACUCCAGGUGGCAGUGCGAUUGAAUUUCCGGGCCACGAACAAUGAAGCAGAGUAUGAGGCUUUAUUGGCUGGAUUGCAAGCAGCUCGGCAUGUUGGGGCAGCUCGGGUAAUCAUCUAUUCAGAUUCCCAGUUGGUGACUCAGCAGGUGGCAAGCAGCUUUAUUAUAAAUUGUGAUAAAUUACAAAUGUAUCAAGAGGCUUACGAGAAGAUGAAGGCAGAAUUUGUAGAGGUCACUGUCACAAAGAUACCCAGGUCGGAGAAUGAGCGGGCAGAUGAGCUAGCCAAGAUGGCCAGUUCCUUAACUACUUGGGUGUUGGAUCGAUCAACGGCACAAAACUUUUUGAUAGCCCAGAUAGAUUUGCAAAACAACGCAGAAGCAACUAUUGAUUGGCGGGCACCCGUGAUCAAUUAUCUUAGGCAUGGUAUCUUGCCGACCGACCCCGAGGAAUCUAGGUUGAUAAGAAGGCAAGUUCAUGCUUAUGUCAUGAUCGGGGACCAGCUCUUCAAGAGGUCCUUCUCCCGACCCUUACUUAAAUGCUUGAGUAUAGAGGAAGCCGACUAG